AUGAGCUCUUGUCUCUGGGCCACCGAGGCCGCUCGAAGAAAACGAAAACCGCCACUAUUUCCUGGCUCCGCUCGCUUCAAUGCGGGCGAAUUACACCAUGGUGUCCAGAAAACCCAUGACGGGGUAGCUUCUUUCGAAGACCAGAUAUCUCCCCUAACUUCCGACUUGAAUCUGCUUAUUGAUCUCAUUAAUGACGGUAAUAAAGAGAAGGUAUUUCUGCAUGUGGAUUAUAUGGCGUCAACAAAACUCGAGUCAGAAGCUCAACCAGAAUCAAGCAUCGAUGAGUCCUCUUCACGUCCCUGGAGUGCUGGCGGGUCCGCUACUCCAGAUGUGUCAUUGUCUGGCGUGAAGACAGAACGAAAAGAGAAUACAUUACUGUUGGCAGAAGCUAUCCGAUCCGAGGUUGGUGAAGAACUCCUUAAAACAAAGAUUGAAGAGAAGGAGCAUGAUAUAAGCUCUCCAAAACCGUCGCCUUCACUUGAAAGAGAUGAGCAUACUACGACCAAGGGUCAAAAGCCAGAGGAUAAUUUACUGGAGGAGUCAGAUAUAGAGGCUGCCCCAGAUGCCGUUGAGCACAAUCUGCCUGCCCAACCCGUUGAGCCAAAACCUUCAUCUGGAUUGGAGGUCACCCAGGAGAUGCCACAAGCAGAGAGUUCCCCAAGGAGAAACAGUCAUUCUACAGAAGCAAAUGAUUUACCGCACAACAUACCUGAUGAGCUUGAACAAGAUAAUGAUUCUCCCAAGGAAAAACCCAAAGCAGUACGCGUCAAGGUCGAGGAGUCCGACUCAGAGGUAAGUGAUACUUCUUUUCAAGCCAUUAGCAGUGCUAUUCGUAAAAGCUUUGCGGGAAAGGUUUCAAUAGGUGCCACAGGGGACAAUGGCCCGCUAUAUUCACCAGGCUUGACUAGGAAAGAUACCAUUGGGGGCCCAAGGCGUUCCAGUGACAAGAAUGGUCCAAUACACGUGAAGCAAGAAAAGGAAGAAAGUAUACUCCCUCGUGAAUCUUCUACAAAUGGCCUGUCAUCUAAGAGUGCGCCCAUCAGUAACAGGAUUUCAAAGCGUACGUCAGUCUUUGUCUCCCUUCCUUCAAGAGAACCAAUAGCAUACCUGUCUAAUAAGCGCCAUUCUAUUAAAGUGAAAAUGGAGGAACAAGAAUCAGACCCGCAUACAUCUAGAGUCAAUCUGGCAUUGACACAGGCUGCAAAGGCAGAACCAGCACCCCCUUCAAGGAUACCUGUCGACUCUGAUAUCCCCAGGGCUAAGAAAGAGCCAUCCUUGCAUAAUAACAGCAGACCCAGACAGGAUGUCUCCAGUUCGAAGACAGCCAGUCAUGGUGCUGUCACCACGGGAAACAAAAACAAGACGCCGCUGUUGAAGAAUCGCUCUCUGACUCGAGAUUCAAGACGUGUUUCCCCGGAACGAGUUCCUCAGUUGUCGAGUGCUCCAAGCUCGAGAUCACCGACGAGAUAUGGUACUAAGGACGGCAAUAAUGGCGAAACGGGAAGAUAUUCGGUGGCCACCUCCACUACUGCUUCUACUCCUGGGGAAAGAAGGUAUUCCACCGACGACCAAAAGCCAGAAGCUGUAUCCAAUUUGUCAAAAUCCUCACUGAAAUCAGCGAAGGAAAAGCGUAACCAAAAUAAGUUCCUCACCACUACCUUGAAUCCUCAAAAACCUCCGCAGUUUAAUCCCGUGAAGACUAAAAUCAAGAACCCUUCUCCUAUAAAACGUUUCUUGGAUACCGACAUUGAGAAAGAGCGUCUUGAAUUAAAAGAGAGAAGGCUUAAAAUGAAUGAACUUGCUUCCAAUAAGGUUAUUUUGGCUCCACUGAGCACUGAGAAAAAUAGCAGAGCAGAAGCUGCGUUACAGCAAAGAAGAAGUUCACCCACAAGGAAACGAGCUGCGAGCCCAGUGAAAAGAGAACCACUGCCUUCUCGGAAAGAAGCCCAGAGUUCCAAUAAGUUCAGAAAAGUUGAGGAAUCGGUUAAUGCUUCCAGGCGGAGAGCAGCUGUUGGUAAUGCCCAACCCUUGCCUGAAGCAGCUCGUGGUCGGUUCGUUAAAGAACGUCCCAGGCAAGAAAAGCCCCGUGUGGAUGAAAAGAGAACUCCAAUAAAAAUUCCCAAUAGCAGUCGCUCUGGCAGGACACCAAUUAAUGUGGGCGCUUCGGGAAGUCCUGCUAUAAGGGGAGAUGCGUUGCCUGAGAUACCCUCUGACGAUGAAUCUUUGAAGAAGCAAAAGUAUUUUAAGAACUGGGCAAAUACUCCAGAACUUCAGAAGCUUAUACAAGUCAACCACAAGAUCAACCCUGUGGACAUUUUUGGAGAAGUCGCUGAUCUACGUAUGGAUGAGGUCUUUGAGUCCACCUCUACCGACAAAAAAUAA